UGGGGGGGUACCCUAACCAACUAUAAAAGUUUCUCAAUACAGAGUCAGUCACACACACUCUCACACACAAUCACAACUAUGUUAUCUGUAUCUUCUUCUUCUUAGACCCUCACAAUUCACAGUCUCAGAAAGCAAUCAAAAAAAAAAAAAAAACAGAAAGAGAUUUAGUGGCAAACCUCACAUUUCAAGAAGCCAUGGCCACAGAGACUGGUUUUGCUUUCUGAAGUUGGUUUCUUCAUGAAUUUCAGUUAAGGUAUAUUGAUCUUUCAAUCCAAUAAAGACUAGGAACUUUUAAAACAUUUAUAUCAUAAAAUACCAAGUGUUUAUCUGCUAAACUAUGGACACUUCUGACCCUGCAAGUAUUACUUGUGGCGAGGUUAAGUCUGAGUUGCCACAUCAUCCAUCCAAAAAACCAUUAAAGAACCACUCAAAUUCAUCGUCAAACAAACAAACUUCUAUUUUUUCACUUACCAUAGAUGAGUUUCAAUACAAGAGUGGGAGGAGUUUUGGGUCAAUGAAUAUAGAUGAAUUCCUCAAUAGUGUGUGGGGUGUGGACGGGAAUCCAGUUUAUUCAAAUACCAACCAAAACGAAGCGACUGACGAUGAAAAUGCUGCCACUCCGAUAGACCUACCUCGUCAAGGCUCGUUUUCUAUCCCUACCCCACUUUGCAAUAAAACUGUGGAAGAAGUUUGGGCAGAGAUUAAUAGAAGCCAAUCACCACAACACAACCUGAACGGUAUUAGUGAUGACUUUUUUGAACGCCAACAAACAUUUGGGGAGAUGACUCUAGAAGACUUUUUGGUAAAGGUAGGUGUAAUCCAAGAAACAACAGAUAUUUCUCAACAAAAAGUUGCAGACGAUUUCCAAAAUCAUAGUGGGAAUUUUCCAUGUAAUGAGACGUGUUUGGAUCCUAGUAUCGGAUCGAGACCUAUGAUGGGUCUCGAAUUCUCUCAUCCAAGUAGUGAAAAUAACUUUUUGGGCAAUGGUUCUCCGAUGUACCAAGUAUUCACACCCAAUGCAGGCUUUGUGGGAGAACCAUCUAACAACAUUGGAAAUGAAAAAUGUAAUGGCGUGCGAGAAGUGGAAGAGCCACAUACCAAAAAGAGGAUGACAAGUGGAAUUAUGGAGCUGGCAGUGGAGCGAAGACAUCGAAGGAUGAUAAAGAAUAGAGAGUCAGCGGCACGAUCUCGAGCCCGGAAACAGGCAUACACAGCAGAAUUAGAAAUAGAGCUAAACCAAUUGAGAGAAGAAAAUUCAAGGCUCAAGCUCAUUGUGGAGGAAUCUAGGAACAAACAGAAGCAAGAGGAGUUGAAAGAGAAGGCACAUUGGACAGCAGAGAAGUUCAAGAAAAUGAGGAGGACCUCAAGCUUGGAUUGGUGAAUAGAAUGAAUUUUAUGGGUGGGGGGCUGAAACAAAAAUAAAACAAAACAAGAAUGUUUGGUUUGAGAAGUAUAAGACAUAUUACAAACUGUUUUCUUUAUGCAUGUAAAAAGUUCAGACAUAAUGUUUACCUUUGAAUAGAUAAGUGCAAUAAUGUCAUUUAGGCAAGGAAUUGUCUGUAUAUUUCUUUUGGGAUACAAUGCUUACAUUGAGAAACAAUUACAAUAAUGUUAUUUUGGUUAAAGAGUGCAUGUACUUUCUGUUCUUUCCAAAAUUUAAAUUUGUUCAUGAUAAUGGGUAUAUAAUAUCUUCUAGUUCCUUGCAUC